AUGGGGUUGGCAGAAGCGUCGGGACCAAGGGAUACGCAGGCACUGCUGUCUGCAUCCCAGGCAAUGGAGCUGCAGAGGCGAGACUACCAUGUGGAACGGCCGCUGCUGAACCAGGAGCAGCUGGAGCAGCUGGGACACUGGAGCUCAGGGUCCCCCACCAGCCACUGGCGGAGCUGGUUUCAGUGCUCCCGAGCUCGGGCCCGUGCCCUGCUGUUACAGCGCCUUCCUGUUUUGGCCUGGCUACCCAGAUACCCAGUGCGUGAGUGGCUUCUGGGUGAUCUGCUGUCAGGCCUGAGUGUGGCCAUCAUGCAGCUACCACAGGGUCUGGCCUAUGCUCUCCUGGCUGGACUACCUCCUGUGUUUGGCCUCUACAGUUCCUUCUACCCCGUCUUCAUCUACUUCCUGUUUGGCACUUCCCGGCACAUCUCUAUAGGAACGUUUGCUAUCAUGUCUGUGAUGGUGGGCAGUGUGACAGAAUCCCUGGCCCCGAGUGACCCCCUUCAGGACCUAAACAGCACAGUCCUCAUGGAUAAAAGGGUGCAGCUGGCUUCCACACUCAGUGUCCUUGUUGGCCUCUUCCAGGUGGGGCUUGGCCUGGUCCACUUUGGCUUUGUGGUCACCUACCUGUCAGAGCCUCUGGUCCGAAGCUAUACCACGGCUGCGUCUGUGCAUGUCUUUGUAUCACAACUCAAGUACGUGUUCGGCCUUCAGCUGAGCAGCCACUCUGGACCCUUGUCCCUCAUCUAUACAGUGCUGGAAGUCUGCUCCAAGCUGCGCCAGAGCGUGGUCGGCACCGUCAUCACUGCAGUUGUGGCGGGCGUGGUGCUCAUGGUGGUGAAGCUUUUGAAUGACAAGCUGCGGCGGCACCUGCCUGUACCGCUGCCUGGGGAACUGCUCACGCUCAUAGGGGCCACAGCCAUCUCCUAUGGUGUGGGCCUGAACCAGAAAUUCCAGGUGGACAUCGUGGGUACCAUCCCUGCAGGGCUACGGCAACCAGUGGCUCCCGAGCCUAAGCUGUUCGCAGAGCUUGUGGGAAACGCCUUCGCCAUUGCUGUGGUUGGCUUCGCCAUUGCCAUCUCCCUGGGGAAGAUCUUUGCCCUGAAGCACGGCUACCGGGUGGACAGCAACCAGGAGCUGGUGGCCCUUGGCCUUAGUAACUUCAUUGGGGGCAUCUUCCUGUGUUUCCCCAUCAGCUGCUCCAUGUCCCGGAGCCUGGUGCAGGAGAGCACCGGAGGGAACACGCAGGUGGCUGGAGCUGUCUCCUCCCUCUUCAUCCUCAUCAUCAUCCUCAAACUUGGGGAACUCUUCCAAGACCUCCCUAAGGCAGUCCUGGCUGCCACCAUUAUUGUGAACCUGAAGGGCAUGUUGAUGCAGUUCAAGGACAUAUGCACGCUCUGGAAGACCAAUCGAGUAGAUCUGCUCAUCUGGUUGGUGACCUUUGUGGCUACCAUCCUGCUGAACCUGGACCUUGGCCUGGCAGUUUCGGUGGUCUUCUCCCUGCUGCUGGUGGUGGUCCGCACACAGCUACCCCGCUACUCUGUCCUGGGGCAGGUGCCAGGCACGGAUGUUUACAGAGACGUGGCCGAAUACUCAGAGGCCAAGGAGGUCCCCGGCGUGAAGAUCUUCCGCUCCUCGGUCACCAUGUACUUUGCCAAUGCUGAACUCUACAGCGACACGCUGAAGCAGAGGUGUGGUGUGGAUGUCGACCAGCUCCUGUCCCGGAAGAAGAAGCUGCUCCGGAAGCAGGAGCUAAAGCUGAAGAGGACGCAGAAGAAGCAGCCUAAGAAACAGGCUGCCUCCUCCAAGGGCACCUCAUUCUUCAUAAAUGUCAACGCCAGUCCUGGGGCUACGGAGAUCAACAAUGUCGGGCCUGGAGCUGCUGAGAUCAACAGUGUGGAGAACUCCAAGGUCAAGGACUUAGCUGCCCCCCACACGUCUGCUGUGUCCCUGAGUCUUCGCCCUACUCCGCUCUGGCUGGCUGAGGCUGACUCUGUGUCUCUGUGUCCCUGCCCUCGCCUCAUCAAGGACAACCCGUGCAGCUUGUCUGGUUUUCCAGAGGAUGAGCCAGAAGGUACAGCAGCCAGCAACCAAGAAGGUGCCAAGGCCCCAGGCGGGUCCACGCUGAAGGCCCUCGGCCUGCCGCAGCCCGACUUCCACAGCCUCGUCCUGGACCUGAGUGCCCUUUCUUUUGUGGACACUGUGUGCCUCAAGAACCUGAAGAAUAUUUUCCGUGACUUCCGGGAGAUUGAGGUGGAGGUGUACUUGGCUGCCUGCCAUGCCCCUGUAAUCACCCAGCUUGAGGCCGGCAACUUCUUCGAUGCAUCCAUCACUAAGCAGCACGUCUUUGCCACUGUCCAUGAUGCGGUCAGCUUUGCCCUCCAGCAUCCAAGGUCCGGCUCCAUGGACACUGUUCUGGUCACCAAGUUCUGA